AAAAUUUAUUCAAACAUGAGAGUCCAAAUAAGCCCAAUUAGGAAAAGGCAAAAAACAGCACGGCAGCAGCACCAAACCUCUGACCUGAGCUCCAACCAGAGUGCCGGCUCUGUACCGGCACAAACCCCACGCCCUGUUUUCCACUCUCGUUCAGGGAAAUACUAGGGUUAGGGUUAGGGUUCUUUGGGUUUAGGUUUAGGGCUCUGUUUUACUUCAUAGGGUCAUGGACACGGUUAGGUGAAACAACACAAAAGCGCUUGCUUGCGUGUGCGAGUCUCCUUAUUCUGCCUUUGACUCGGUCUCAUCACUCUACGAUCCCAGGUUUUGGCCGCCUCGUUCUGCCCUAGAUCGAUCACGGAGGACCUCCUUUUUGUUGUUGUUCUAGCUGUGGUUUCUCGGGGUUUAGGGUGAAAAUUUGAGGACUAGGGUUUUGGGCUUUUCUAUGAGCUCGCUCAGACACUGAAACUGGGAUCGAAUUGAAUUUGGAGAGAGAGAGAGAGAGAGAGAGAGAGAGAGAGAUGAUGAUAUCAAGGGGUCUAUUUGGGUGGUCACCACCUCAUAUCCAGCCUCUAACCCCUGUCUCGGAAGUCUCGGAACCACCCGAGUCACCAUCUCCUUACCUCGAUUCGAAUGCGGAGGCAGUUCAGGUCGAAGAAGAGGGAGGAAUGGAGGAAGCGGAGGAGAUGGAGCCACCGCCAGCUGCUGUGCCUUUCUCUCGCCUCUUCGCGUUUGCAGAUGGCUUUGAUUGGUUGCUAAUGGUGGUGGGAUCUCUUGCUGCUGCUGCCCAUGGAACUGCGCUGGUUGUUUACUUGCAUUUCUUUGGAAAGAUUGUUAAUCUCCUUGGGUUGCAAAACUUGCCCUCAGAUGAACUGUUGCAUGAGUUCAACAAGCAUGUUCUGUACAUUAUUUACAUUGCUUCAGGCGUUUUCGCAGCUGGAUGGAUAGAGGUCUCCUGCUGGAUUCUCACUGGAGAGAGGCAAACUGCAGUCAUCAGAUCAAAAUAUGUUCAAGUCUUACUAAACCAGGACAUGAGUUUUUUCGAUACAUAUGGAAACAAUGGGGACAUUGUGAGUCAAGUGCUGAGUGAUUUGCUGCUUAUUCAGUCUGCUUUAAGUGAGAAAGUGGGGAACUAUAUUCAUAACAUGGCAACGUUUUUUGGUGGUCUGGUUAUUGGGAUGGUUAACAGCUGGCAAAUUGCUCUCCUGACAUUAGGAUCUGGUCCAUUUAUUGUUGCUGCGGGGGCAAUUUCUAACAUAUUUCUUCACAGGCUAGCUGAGAACAUACAAGAUGCAUAUGCUGAGGCUGCUGGCAUUGCAGAGCAGGCAAUCGCUUACAUAAGGACCUUAUAUGCAUUCUCAAAUGAGACCCUGGCAAAAUAUUCAUACGCGACUUCUCUCCAAGCAACACUGAGAUAUGGCAUAUUAAUAAGCCUUGUACAAGGCCUUGGACUUGGCUUUACAUACGGGCUCGCAAUAUGUUCAUGUGCCUUGCAACUUUGGGUUGGAAGGCAUUUGAUUUCCCAUGGAAAAGCCAAUGGCGGAGAAAUUAUUACAGCUCUCUUUUCUGUAAUCUUAAGUGGCCUUGGCCUGAAUCAAGCAGCUACAAACUUCUAUUCAUUCGAGCAAGGGAGGAUUGCUGCUUACAGACUUUAUGAGAUGAUCAGCCGUUCAACUUCUAGCAUUAUCCAAGAGGGGAACAUCUUAUCUUCUGUGCAAGGGAACAUUGAGUUCCGGAAUGUGUAUUUUAGCUAUCUCUCUCGUCCAGAAAUCCCCAUCUUAAGUGGAUUUUACUUAACUGUGCCUGCAAAGAAAACUGUGGCACUGGUGGGCAGGAAUGGUUCAGGAAAAAGCAGCAUAAUUCCUCUCAUGGAGCGUUUCUAUGACCCUACUUUAGGAGAGGUCCUUUUGGAUGGGGAGAACAUCAAAAGCCUUAAAUUAGAAUGGUUGAGAAGCCAAAUAGGGCUGGUUACGCAAGAACCUGCCUUGCUUAGUUUGAGCAUCAGAGAUAAUAUUGCUUAUGGUCGUACGGCUACCCUUGAUCAGAUUGAAGAGGCAGCAAAGACAGCCCAUGCACAUACAUUUAUCAGCUCUCUUCCCAAAGGAUACGAUACUCAAGUCGGUCGAGCAGGUUUGGCAUUGUCUGAGGAGCAGAAGAUCAAACUCUCUGUGGCUAGGGCAGUUCUUUCAAAUCCCUCUAUUCUUCUUCUUGAUGAAGUUACUGGUGCUCUUGAUUUUGAGGCAGAAAGGGCAGUUCAAGAGGCUCUUGAUAUCCUCAUGUUGGGAAGAUCAACUAUUAUCAUUGCUCGGCGACUUAGCUUGAUUCGGAAUGCUGAUUACAUAGCAGUGAUGGAAGAGGGUCAACUUGUUGAAAUGGGUACACAUGAUGAGUUACUGCAUGUUGAUGGCCUAUAUGCUGAGCUUCUUAGAUAUGAAGAAGCUGCGAAGCUUCCUAAAAGAACACCAAUAAGGAGCUACAAGGAGACAGCAACUUUCCAAAUUGAAAAGGACUCAUCUGCUAGCCACAGCUUCCAAGAAUCAACUUCACCUAAGAUGGCCAAAUCUCCGUCACUUCAAAGGAUGCCUGGUGUGAAUUCUGUGAGGCAGAUGGAUACCAGCUACAACUCACUGGAAUCACCUAAAGCUCAUAGUCCACCAUCUGAACAAAUGUUGGAAAAUGGAAUGCCAUCAGAAGCACUAGAAAAAGUACCCUCCAUAAAAAGGCAAGACAGCUUUGAAAUGAAGUUACCUGCACUACCGAAAAUUGAUGUCCAUGCAGUGCAACAACAAGCGUCAACCACCUCCGACCCUGAGUCACCUAUUUCACCACUUUUAACAUCUGAUCCAAAAAAUGAGCGCUCUCACUCAAAGACUUUUAGUCGACCUCUUAUGGAGUCUGAUGAGUUGCCCACAGAAGAGAAAACCCCUGAUGCUUCAAAAACUCAGAAACCUCCUUCAUUAUGGAGGCUUGCUGAGCUCAGUUUUGCUGAGUGGCUUUAUGCUCUCCUAGGAAGUGUUGGUGCUGCCAUUUUUGGUUCAUUUAAUCCCCUUCUUGCUUACAUUCUUGCCCAGAUAGUGGCUGCAUAUUACAGGGACAGGGGUCAUCACCUACGCUAUGAGGUUAAUAAAUGGUGCUUGGUUAUAGCAUGUAUGGGUGUUGUCACUGUGGUUGCCAACUUUUUGCAACAUUUCUACUUUGGUAUAAUGGGGGAGAAAAUGACAGAAAGGGUUAGGAGAAUGAUGUUUUCAGCGAUGCUACGAAAUGAGGUUGGCUGGUUUGAUGAUGAAGAGAACAGUGCAGACACUUUGUCCAUGCGCCUAGCGAAUGAUGCUACAUUUGUUCGUGCUGCUUUCAGCAAUCGGCUUUCUAUAUUUAUCCAGGAUAUUUCAGCUAUUUUUGUUGCUGUUCUUAUUGGAAUGCUGCUGGAGUGGCGGUUAGCUCUUGUUGCUUUAGCAACCUUACCAGUUUUAACAGUCUCUGCUGUUGCUCAGAAAAUGUGGCUUGCUGGCUUCUCAAGAGGCAUACAGGAGAUGCAUAGGAAGGCAUCUCUGGUCCUCGAGGAUGCAGUCCGAAACAUCUACACUGUAGUUUCUUUUUGUGCGGGCAACAAGGUCAUGGAGCUCUACAGGCUACAGUUAACCAAGAUAUUCACUAUGAGCUUCCUUCAUGGCAUGGCCAUCGGGUUUGGUUUUGGUUUCUCCCAGUUCCUCCUCUUUGCAUGCAAUGCCCUCCUCCUCUAUUACACUGCCCUCACCAUAAAAAAAGACCAUGCUACUCUCUCCACAGCUCUCAAAGAAUACAUGGUCUUCUCUUUUGCAACAUUUGCAUUAGUCGAGCCAUUUGGGCUUGCACCGUACAUUCUCAAGCGUCGCAAAUCUCUCACAUCAGUCUUUGAAAUCAUAGACCGAGUACCCAAAAUCGACCCUGAUGACAGUAGUGGGUUGAAACCUCCCAAUGUAUAUGGAAGCCUUGAACUCAAAAACAUUGACUUCUGCUACCCAACAAGGCCUGAAGUAAUGGUGCUUAGCAACUUCAGCCUCAAAGUCAGCGGUGGCCAAACUGUAGCCAUAGUCGGGGCGUCCGGGUCCGGGAAAAGCACCAUUAUAGCCUUAAUUGAAAGAUUUUACGACCCAACAGCAGGGCAAGUUUUAUUAGAUGGUAGGGAUCUCACGCUCUUCAAUGUAAGAUGGCUCAGGAGCCAUUUAGGAUUGGUUCAACAAGAGCCAGUUAUGUUCUCAACAACCAUAAAAGAAAACAUCCUUUAUGCCCGGCAUAAUGCAAGUGAAGCUGAAGUGAAGGAGGCAGCGAGAAUAGCAAAUGCCCACCACUUUAUAAGUAGCUUGCCUCAUGGUUAUGAUACGCCUGUUGGGGUCGUGCGUGGUGGGGUUGAAUUGACGCCAGGGCAAAGGCAGAGGAUUGCAAUUGCACGAGUUGUGCUGAAGAAUGCUCCAAUAUUGCUUGUGGACGAGGCAAGCUCGGCCAUCGAGUCAGAGUCAAGUAGGGUUGUGCAAGAGGCCCUUGAUACAUUGGUCAUGGGAAACAAAACCACGGUUUUGAUUGCGCACCGUGCUGCAAUGAUGCGACAUGUUGAUAGCAUCGUGGUCUUGAAUGCAGGGCGCAUUGUUGAGCAGGGGACCCACGACUUGCUUAUGGCAGCCAAUGGGUUGUAUGUGAGGCUCAUGCAGCCACACAUGGCCAAGAGAUUACGGCAACAUAGGCUCAUCUAAUUUUGUCUACUGAUAUGGGGUGGCUAUUUCUGGCUUCUUUCUCCCUUAUGGGGUGGGAUAAUUACCAAUUCCCUGCUGCUCAAAUCUUUGCUCGAGAAAAUUACUAAUACAUCCCUCAGAUCUCGUUUCCUGGUAUAGAGAAAGUGAUCACGAACAAACAAGAUGGGUGUUGAGAUCAGGAAUGAAUGCCCUUUCGCGGCUGUCGGGGACCGUGCGAAGUGAUUCAAACUGCUGAUAAGAUGGACAGGCUUUUGUAGCAUUGUGGCUUUUGGGUUUGCCUUCUUUUGUGAGUAGCUUACUGAUAGUGUUUUCAAAUGUGUAGGUUAUAUGAUUGUGAAAUUAGAGGGGUGAAUGUGGGGGGAAGCGGGGUGGAAGUUUGUGAAAUGCAUUCUUUUGGGGGUAGAGCAGUGUUUGUUGCAAAAAUGCUUUGUCUCCAUAAUUGUAUUUUGUUAGUAAGGUGUGGCUGUGGAAUUAUUGAUUUAUGUGAAUUAAGAUGAUAUGUAUCAAUUUGUGCUUACAAUGUUCUCGGGUGCCUCUUGGGUAGAGGCUUCAACAUGGCUUGUUGAUGUGACUGUAUGCUAUCUGCACCCUGCUUGUAAUGCGUUUACUUCCA